GUUUGCAGAAUGCUUCCCCAGCACGGACCUCACCUCCAGCAAGGACAUCCCCAGCCCGGGCAUCCUUGGCCCGGGCGUCCCCGGCUCCGGGGGCCCCUUCCAGGUCAUCGUCCAUGGGAUCAUCAUCUCCCGGCUCAACGUGCAUGACGUCUCCAAGCAGGGUGUACCUGGUUCGCGCCACGCCGCUGGCGGCCGUCCCGGUCCGGGGAGGCCCCGCCAGGUCAGCGCCGGCCAGCCGGGAGAGCUCAGGUCCCAGCCUGCCCAAGAUCUCCUGGAAGGAGACCCAGAAGCAGCUGCCGCUCAUCGCGUGCGUCCUUCUCCUCAUCGCCCUGGUGGUGGCGCUCAUCCUCCUCUAUGGGGGACGGGAGCCCCAGAGUCCGAGAGGGAUUGCAGUCUACUUCUGGAGGGGCCACACGGGCAUCAAGUACAAGGAGCCCCUGGAGAGCUGCCCCAAGCACGCCGUCCGCUGCGACGGGGUGGUAGACUGCAAGCUCAGGAGCGACGAGCUGGGCUGCGUGAGGUUCGACUGGGACCGGUCUCUGCUUAAAGUCUACUCUGCCACCUCCCACGAGUGGCUGCCCGUGUGUAGCAGCAGCUGGAACAACUCUGACUCCAAGAAGACCUGCCAGCAGCUGGGCUUUGACAGUGCGUACCGGACAACCGAAGUGGCCCUGAGAGACUUUGUCAGAAGUUUCUCUGUCUCUGAAUACAACUCCACCAUCCAGGAAAGCCUGCGCAGGUCCGAAUGCCCUUCCCAGCGGUACAUCUCUCUCCAGUGCUCCCACUGCGGCCUGAGGGCCAUGGCCGGGCGGAUUGUGGGCGGGGCGCCGGCCUCGGAGAGCAAGUGGCCUUGGCAAGUCAGUCUGCACUUUGGGGCCACCCACAUCUGCGGGGGCACGCUCAUCGACGCCCAGUGGGUGCUCACUGCUGCCCACUGCUUCUUUGUGACCCGGGAGAAAAUCAUGGAGGGCUGGAAGGUGUACGCGGGCACCAGAAACCUCCACCAGCUGCCCGAGGCCGCCUCCAUCUCCCAGAUCAUCAUCAAUGCCAACUACACGGACGAGCAGGACGACUAUGACAUCGCCCUCCUGCGGCUCUCCAAGCCCCUGACCCUGUCCGCUCAUGUCCACCCUGCCUGCCUUCCCAUGCACGGACAAACCUUCAGUCUCAACGAGACUUGCUGGAUCACGGGCUUCGGCAAGACCAGGGAGACCGACGAGAAGACAUCCCCCUACCUCAGGGAGGUGCAGGUCAACCUCAUAGACUUCCAGAAGUGCAACGACUACUCGGUCUACGACAGCUACCUCACCCCGAGGAUGAUGUGCGCCGGGGAUCUCCGUGGGGGCAGAGACUCCUGCCAGGGGGACAGCGGGGGACCCCUGGUCUGUGAGCAGAACAGCCGCUGGUAUCUGGCGGGGGUCACCAGCUGGGGCACGGGCUGUGGCCAGAAAAACAAACCUGGUGUCUACACCAAAGUGACCGAAGUCCUCCCCUGGAUUUACAGCAAGAUGGAGAGUGAGGUCCGCUUCCAGAAAUCUUAACCAGUGCCACCCCGCGCCACUGGCUGCUACGGAGACUCCGGCCCGAGGGACAAGCCUUCCAUGACGUCUGGGACAACGGCCACCGGGCGCUUUCGUUAUUCCCACCUCCACGGUCAGCCGCCUCUGCCAGAGCGUGCGUGUAUGUGUGUGUGCACGUGUGUGCGCACAGGCAUGUGCUUUAUGUGUGUGUGCGGCUGCGACCUCGAGAUUUCCAGAAACCAGAACCGUCAGCCCUGCUGGGAAGUCCAGGCUGAGAACCUUCUGGAGAUACCGAGUUUGGGCUCCGUGGAUGUUCCUAGGAGUCCACACACGAAUGAAUGACGGAGGUGGAGCUAAAGUGAUACUUGAGGAAGGGCCUGGAAGGGGACACCGGAAGUUCUUGCUCUUUGGACUCUGACUUGGAGACCAGCCCGGAGUGGGCAGACACCCAGCAAUCCAGGGGGUGUCGUGGGACCCUGGAAUGGACGGUGGGCUUUGAGGGAGCGCCGGCUCCCCUGUGCCCGGCCGUCCUUAGCG